AAUGUCCCAUUUUUGGCCAUUCCCAUUACAUUUGUAUUAAAUUUUGGGCAAAGGCUUUGCAAUCUGCAAAUGUCUGUUUGUUGAAAAUCGCAGCAAUUUUGUGUCGCUGAACUCUGAAGAAAUUUCUAAACUGCGCCCAUUAGCAAAGUUCUAGCAACAUACCAACCAAAUCUCUCAUCGUUGUUGGCGAGAAAUUGCGAGGGAACCAAAUCCUCACUCCCAGUUGACGUUGGAACGUGGAACAUGGCCGGAAAGCAAGUUUCCGGCGCCGGUCUGCCAGAGAGCAUCGCAGGAAUGUCGAAGAACCAACUAUACGAUAUCAUGUCCCAAAUGAAGACACUGAUUGAACAGAAUCAGCAGCAGGCGAAACAAAUCCUCAUCCAAAACCCACUAUUGACCAAAGCUCUUUUCCAGGCGCAAAUCAUGCUUGGGAUGGUACGCCCACCUCAGAUUCCAAGCAUUCAGCCUUCAGCCUCACAGCAUUCUCAACCAUCAACACAGGCAACUCAACAAUCAAAUAUUCAGCCUACUCAAACAUCAGCUCCUCAAAUAAGUUUGCAAGAACAGACAAGUGCACCAUCUUUGGCCCCUUCUAGAAAACAAUAUCAGAACCAACCAUCAAUGCCUAUCUCAUCGACUACUCUUCCUACCGUGAACAUUCAGCCUCGGUCAACACCUCUGAUUCCCCUACAGACACCGCAGCAUCCCAAGGGAUUUGAUAUCCCCCAAUCAAAUCCCAUUUCUGUCCCACAACCCUCUCAAAUUCCAAGUGUAUCUCCAAUGCUUCCAUCUUCUGCUCAGCCACCUUUACUUCAUCAACCUCAGGUUUCAACUGCCUCCAUGCAGCUGCAGCAGCCAUUACAAACAGCUGAAAUUCACCACCUGCCGCCACAGGCACCAUUGCCCCCACAUUCCAGAGCACCUACGGGUCCAAAUUUCCACCAGCACUACCCCCCUCAAAUGGGCCACAAUAUGAAUUACCAACCUCCUGGCAUCCCACAGCAUGUUUCACAACCCAUGUUUCAUUCAGGUACCAAACUCCCUCCUGGCCUAGGAAAUUCAUUUCUCCAGGGACAGUCGGGUCUACCUAGUCAGCCACCCCCUCAAUCAAUGUAUCAGGCAGGAGGUUCUAAAUUAGGUACAGAAUUCAUGAAUCAAGUUGGAACUUCAAAGCCUGCAGACAGAGGGCCUUGGAUGCCUGGCCCUCCAGAAAAUCCCACACUUCCACAGCAACUCUCCGGACCACCACCAGUACCAUCAGUCCCUGGUCCGAUGGGCCCUAACAAUCAACCUCGUCCUGCUCCACCGUUGAGUCAGGAGAUGGAGAAGAUGUUACUUCAACAAGUCAUGAGUCUCACACCCGAACAAAUUAAUCUCCUGCCUCCAGAGCAAAGGAAUCAAGUGCUUCAACUACAGAAGAUACUGCGCCAAUGAACAGUGUUCUAGGAGGCAGAAUUCUCUUGAUUUUCUAUCCCCCACCCAUUGCCAACUCUUACAUCAUUGAUCAUGCUCAAAAUGGUUUUUAGGCUUAGGGGAAGCCAUUUUACCAGUGUCUUUAAAACUUUUUAAGUAUUGGCAUGCAGAUUGAUAUAUUACAAUUAUCAACUUUUUUGCAUUUGUCUAUCCAUCAGAGUAUUAGUUUUGCUGUCGA